AUUGGAACAAUUUCGAGUACAUUUUGUCACUGUUGGAAUAUCAUCAUACGCUCAAAAUACACUAUUAUAUUUGUAUAAGCUAAUUGUUAAUAAGUCAACAACUUUGAUAUCUCCACUUGACGACGCUUGAUCCUCAAGUGGUUGCUAGUGAUAAACCGUCAAAAUAUAAAGAGCGGAAAAAAAUCUCGAGAUUGAUUAAGGCAGUCAAGAUGAAGGUGGUCCUAGCGUGUUUUGUUAUACUAGGCGUGCAAUCGAUAGAUGGAUUUUUGAGUGUUAGAAAUACCUCGUUCUAUUAUAAUGACGAGAAAGUGUUUCUAUCCGGUGCCAACAUCGCUUGGUUCGACUUUGCUAGAGAUUUCGGCAGCGGCGCCUACAACCAAGUCAGGCCCCGUUUCGAAUACGCCAUAGAUGAAAUUAGCAACGCUGGUGGAAACGUGAUCAGGGUGUGGGUCCACACAGACGGCCAAUGGUCGCCAAAGUGGGAUCAAAACGGGUUCGCUACGGGCGAAGACACCGAAUCUCUCAUCCAAGAGUUGGGGCAGCUGCUGGACUAUGCUGCCACCAAGAACGUCCUGGUCAUAUUCGUUUUGUGGAACUUGGACGUGACCCCACAGCCUAUGUUGCAUCUCUACACUCAAGAGGAUAGAUUGCAGAGUUAUCUCGACAGGGUUUUGAAGCCGUUGGUUGCAGGUCUGAAGCAUAAGAGAGCUUUGGCAGCCUGGGACCUGGUGAACGAACCCAUGGGCAGUUUGAGUCAAUGGCAAGAAGAUCCGAAUCCAUGUUAUGAUACCACCCAUCUCCAGGGCACAGGUGCCGGGUGGGCUGGUACCACUGUUUACUACCAGAACAUUCUGAAAUUGAUCAACUGGCACGCAGACGCUAUCAAAUCAGUGGACCCUAAAGCCCUGGUCACAACUGGCGAAGCGGGAGAAUUCACCACCACGAACGUUUGCGAAAAAUGUAGGGAUCACUACACUGAUGAGUGUCUCAUAGGAGCCGGCGGCAAGCCAAAUGGAACCAUUGAUUUCUAUGCUCUACACAGCUACACCUGGGAAGGCCGUUAUACGCCCUCAAGUCCUUUUAAGAACCAGUUCAACUUCUACAACAAGAAGAAGCCGAUCGUCGUCGAGGAAUUCUCUACGACGAACAGCGAAAGUCACAGUCCUGAGGUGAACUACAGGCACAUCUACGAAGGGGGAUACGGAGGAAUAUUGGAUUGGCAAUACAACGAGAGCGGAAAAUGGGUCGACAACAAGCACGAUAUUUUCGCGGGAAUAUCUUCUAUCAGGAAUCUUACUUCCAAUGGGAAGAUCGACAUCAAGUUGUAAUUUGGAAGGAGAUUUUAUGAUGCUUAUGUGUAUUUUGUGUGUAAUUGUAUUAUAUUUGAGUGUUGAAUGUUUUCAUAAAGUGUAAGAACG